CCUUUUUCUGCUGCUAGAGCGAUCCUUGAUGUUGGGACUGGGCCGGGGGUCACUAUUGGGAAGCUUAUUGAAAGUUAUGGUUCUCAAUUCUCUUCUGGUGCGCGUUUGUAAGAAAUAUGUUUCUCUGGUCUUCCCUCUCUGGUUCUUAUUUCUGGGGAGUUGGAAAGAUUAUUCAUAGUUCAUUGUGUCUUUCGAGUUGGAAGGUUCAUUUUAUUUUCCAAGUUGAUACGAAUUAUCGUGAUCACUACUCUCAGUUGAUAAUUGACCUUCCAAUAUUCUAGUGAAGAAAGAACAAACACUAACACAUACACAGGAUCGCAUCAGAUUUCAGCGCUGGAAUGAUCGAACAAGUCCAGAAACGCCAGAAAGAAGAGCAGGACAGCAACCCAAUCUGGAGCAGAGUAGAGGCCAAGGUUCUUGAUGCCCAAGUCCUAGAUGGAAUUGAGGAUGCGUUUAUCAGCCACAUUACCGGCACCAUGGUGUACAAUCUAGUGUCGAAUGGCCGACAGGCUCUCGAGGCUGCGCAUCGAGUUCUCCAGCCUGGAGGGAUCAUUGGGAUGACGCUCGGCGCUGGGGCGGAGUGGAUGGAAAUGAUGGCCCAAGCCGCCAAGAAGAUCCGUGGCGAAACAGCUCCAGUCUACCAAUUCCCCAAAGGCUACGGCACCGUUGAAGGUAUCCGAGCCGAGUUCGAAACAGUCGGAUUUAGUGCCGAGUGUGUUGAGCUAAUUGAGUCGUUUAUGGAUGUCUCGGAUCCGAAGCCACUUGUUGAUAUGUUCAUCCGAGGUAAGAAUCCCGGGGCGAUGUUCUUCGUUGCCGAUUAUACGGAGGCAGAGUUGGAUGCGUAUGUGGAAGAGGUCUUGAGGUUGAUUGAGGAAAAGUAUCCUGAGUUGCCGAGGAAGCUGAAGGGGCUUAUGAUUGUUGCUGUUGGGAAGAAAUUGGGUUAAGGGCAUGACGUUUGUGGGAAUCUGCAAUAUUCCACAGUGGACAGAUGUACUCGUUGAAUUAAGCUUGAACCUCGAAAUCGAUUUGAUUCUUGGAUACCUGAAGCUAUUGCUAGCUAGAUUACUCUAUCUGGCACCCAACUUUAC